CCUUACGUACUAAUAUCUAAGUUAUUUAUAACUCAAUCCUAUUUCUCGCCAAAUUCCGUGUGAUAUAUUUCCAGAAAAGCAAAAAGUAAUUUUACUAUUUUUACAUUUCUAUAGGAUUUCUCUUGAAUCUAUCUAGUUUGUCUUUGAUCUUCAGGGUUAGCCUUUACAAAUAAUUAAUUAUUUAUUGAGCGCAAAUCUACGUUGUGUAAUAUUGCAAAUAUUACUUAAGGCGAACCCGAACGAGCGAAUGAAACAAUGAAAAAUUAAGCGGAAAAAAUGAUUGUUUAAAACAUUAUGUCUUCUCGAACCAGAAUAAUCAAUAAUCGGACCUAUGGUUUAGAUGGCAGUGCAUUCUUGUUUUGAGACACUCUUUUAGUGUCUUACAAAUAUCAGCAAAAAUUUGUGCAUUCGAUCUAAUAUAUCGUACAACUCAAUUAAUUUCUUCACUAUGAGAAUUAUUCUCUAAGGUAUAAACUAUAAAUUUAACAUUUUACCAUUAUUAUAAUUUUAUGGAUAUUAUAAUAAUUGAAAAAGGAGACAGUAAGGAAAUCUAAUCGUCUAGAAAAAGUCACAUAAACGUCACAAAUAUUCGGUCAAUUUGAAUAAGCGUAAAAAUAUAAAGAUAAUGUUGCAAACAAAGGAAAAUAUGCACUACUUGUUCGAACACAUGAUGACUAAUUGUAAACUCUAUUUGCGCACGUAAGGAUUUCAAACGAACGUUUAAAAGAAGAUUGUUUCUGGUGAGAAGAUAAAAGAGCUUCCUUAAAAAAAUAUGGAAACGCAGGAGGAUUGCUCGGUUCGAAGGGGCCAACUGGUGCAACGAUAUCCAAAUGAUUAUAAAAACGACGGACAUGCUCCACUUUCAAUGAUGAUGAGCCAAGCACAGUAUAUGAAUACUGGAAGAGCUACUGUGCGCAUAGCAGUAUACCUAAUGACAGGAGUAUUUGUAACAAUGGAAGUUGAGCAAAGCUCGACCGCACAACAAAUUUUAACUAUAGUACAAACGGAAGGAGAAUUAGGAUUGGCAAGAGCUCCGCCUUUAAUCGGACAGCCAGUAUUUGCUUUAUGGCUAUGCUCAUCCCAAUUGGAGAUUCAAUUAAGACCGAAUCACAAGCCAAUAGAAUUAGCCGCCAAAUGGAACCGUUUAGUUAAAAAAUAUGGUUCGCAAAGAGAUGGAACCGACGAGGAACCUUUAUUAUACUUUCGUAGGAAUGUGUUUCUUUCUAGAUACGACGAAGAGCAAAUAAAGGAGGCUAAAGUACUUGAACUGUUGUAUGCAGAAGCAAGGCACAAUGUUUUACAAGGUAGAUAUCCAUGCGAAGGGCAAGCACGAUAUGCAAGCUUAGGAGCAUUACAAGCACGUAUUGAAAUAGGCCCGUAUAACUCACAAACACACACAUUGGCAUUUUUUAGAAGGCACCGAGGAAAAUUUUUACCACAUCAUUACACAUCACCGAGUCUUUUAUUAGGAUUAGGACUUGGAUUAGGUUUGGUGGGAGGUAAAGGAGCCCCAGAAGCACGCCUUUUGGAACAAUAUAAACGAAUACCUAAUCAUACUGGGGCGAAUACAAAUCCAAGAAAACUUAUUAGAAAGUAUCUUGAAUUUUGUUGGGGCCUACCUUGUUAUGGUGCUGCCUUCUUUCAAGGACAAAUUGAACGUCCUGUGAGAGGACUAGCAUCAUGGAUUACGAAUCGUGACUUACAAGUCCUGAUUGCUAUUAACACCUCGGGAGUAUACAUUGUCGAUGAUAUGCAAUGUAGUCUUCUAUUAGGAUUGAAGUACUCGGAAUUAAGUUGGGAAAUGGCAAAACCUUCCGACGAAAGAAACCCCGAUUGUCUGCCCUGUUUGUUUCUACAAUUUCCUGUUAGAGAAAAUGGUGCACGCGUUUAUAAAAUUCUACAAGUAUUCUCGAGACAAGCAAUAAUGAUGGACACUUUAAUUUCUGGUUUUGCCGAGGAAAAUCGCAAUCACAGUUCUCACAAUGAUGGUACAAAUAGCGAACGUCAAUUGGAUCAUUCUGCAACUACUAGCUACAGUACUGGUAGUUUCACGAAUAAACUUAGCAAAUUUACUUUGGCAACGUUUGAUGAUGAAGGUCGAUGCAUCGGGCAAAUGGGUUCUUGGUCUUUCCAAUAGUCUUCACUUUGAAAUAAUGCGCCAAGUGACACAUAGGCACGCAUGUGCGGCAGCCGCGCACGCGCGCACGCACGCACGCACGCACGCACACGAAAAGCAAAAUACUUUCUACACCUAGGUAUAAAAGAUUAGUUCGAGGAUCGAGCAGAUCGUACAUUUCUCCGGACGAGGGCUCGAUAAAGAAUGGAUUUUUAACUUGUCUUUCUUUCAUAUUAUUAAGAGCAGUUUUAAUUCUUUCAAAUCUUCCGGUAAAUACGGGCAGGAGAUUUUGGUCCUAUUGUAUUGAACUUGUUCGCGGGAUGCAUAUCCAAAAACUACAAAUGCAUUAUAUCCUUGUCCUAAUAGAAGACUCGUCAAGAACGUUGCACACUCGAAACUGUUACCGCUGCGAAAAUUGAUUAACCACGAUGGGGAGCGUAGGAUUGCUGGCUGAGAAAUAAUAAAUUAAUGGAGAAUAUAUUAUUAUUAUUAUUAUUA